CUGCGACCUGUGGGCCCCUGUGCUAGCUCGUGCUCCCAAUUGACGGUACAAGACCGCCGAUAACGGUGGUAUCCGCAUGUUUGGAUGGAAUUCCAGCUUUCGUGAAAUGGCGUCUCCUGCGCCGACGCGUCCCCAGAAAACGCACGCGACGCCAAGCUUUUCGGGGCCAGGAUUAACACCGAAUCCAAGCUCCAAUUUUCCAAUGACGUCCCGCCGUCCGUAAGCUACCGUCCGAGGUUCCCUUCCGCAAUUACCUCCCCCACGCGCAAUUUGGACCCUUUUGGCAGUGUGCAUAGUGAAUUGCAGGUCACAUGCAGCUUCUGUGCAGAGCGAAAAGGGCAAGGGAAUCAUGCCGGCUCUCGAGAAGCAGGUGAGCGCGGCGGAAUUGCGCAAGAGUCAGGAUGUGAAGAAGAAGCCGAUUCACUAUCCGUUCUGGUUUGGAGGGAGCGCGAGCUGUUUCGCGGCAUGUUUUACACAUCCGCUGGAUCUGGGCGCUCACGGAUUCCAGGUUAGACUACAGAUGCAAAGCGCCCAAGGCCCGCGGUUGAACAUGAUACAAAUGUUCGGCCAUGUCGCAAAGACAGACGGCAUCAUGGGCCUGUAUCGAGGGCUAUCGGCCUCGCAACUCCGCCAGCUGACCUACAGCAUGACGCGCUUCGGCGUCUACGAAGCCCUCAAAGACCGCGUCACGACCGCCGACACUAAGCCCUCCUUCCUCACCCUCGUCGCCAUGGCCUCCGUCUCCGGCUUCCUUGGCGGUGUCGCCGGCAACCCAGGCGACAUCCUCAACGUGCGCAUGCAGCACGACGCCGCGCUGCCACCAGAGCAGCGCCGCAAAUACAAGCACGUGUUCGAUGGGCUGAUCCGCACCGCGCGGGAGGAAGGCGUGGGUAGGCUCUGGCGCGGCGUGUGGCCCAACUCGUCGCGCGCGGUGCUGAUGACGGUUGGGCAGCUGGCGUCAUACGACGGGUUCAAGCGCGUGCUGCUGGAGAAGACGCCGCUGCAGGAUAACCUCACGACACACUUCACCGCGAGCUUCCUCGCUGGGUUCGUCGCAACGACCAUCUGCUCACCCGUCGAUGUUAUCAAGACGAAGGUCAUGGGAUCGACCGAGAGCAAGAGCAUCAUGAAGAUCGUUACGGAGACAACGCGGGCCGAGGGCCUGCGCUGGAUGUUCAAGGGCUGGGUGCCGAGUUUCAUACGCAUGGGCCCGCAUACCAUCCUUACGUUUGUGUUCUUGGAGCAACACAAGAAGAUGUAUCGGAAGCUGAAGGACUUGGAUUAAGGCUUUGGGACGGGAAGGAAAAAGCGUACAUAUGAACGGGUGCACAGAGGCUUCAUCGGGGCCGUUGGCUCUACCAUUUUGAUACCUGCAACAUUGCAUGUUGUUUUGUACACUGUUGUAUAGACGAUAAUUAGACAUAUCGACGAGCACGGCAGCUCGUAUGUAGAUAGAUAACACUAUGUCAAUAUUUCUGCA